UAUGUUUAUAUGCUACACAUACUAUAUAUAUAUAUAUACAUACAUUCUUUUCGCAUUAUGUUAUUAUUGUUAGAUUAAAAUAAAGGUACAUUUAUUGUAAGAAACAUAAUGCAACUUUUAUUUAGUUGUGUCGUGUGUCAAAUUUAUAUUUGGUAAUAUGGCAAAUCGCAAUAUAUAUUAGCUCGCGUGAAAUUACAGUUCAAAAAAACUCUUUGCAAUUGUUUAAAAGAAAGUUUGAAAAGAGUGCAUGUCAGAGCAAACUUCAUACAGACGAAACGUCAAAUAAAUCUAUUUUCCUCCGUGUCGGCAGUGUUUGAUAUUUUUAUAAAAUUAACAAGUACUUAUACAGCAAGAAUGGCAAUGUCGACGAUACAUACGCCGUGUACGUACGAGUUUUCCAGAGGCAAUGGCACCGGUGUGGCAGAAGCGCUUGGAAAUUGGGGUUUCUCUAACAGAGUGUGCAGCGCCGGCCAGGAGCUGCGACGUUUAAAAUGUCUCUUUGCGGAAAUGGAUUCUUUACGCAGACCAACAAAAUCAGCAUUGUGCGUUAAAUAUAAUCCCAGAUAUGAUCCUGAUGCGUGGUACAUUAAGCCUAGUCCCGAUGAAUGUAAACCCGCCUGGACAUUUCCCGCAAACAGGCCUCUGAUUACUCAUUCUUCGACUGUCACGGUUUUGAAGGUCUCUAAUUUACAAGAACUCGGAUCGGAUUUAAAAUACAUUAUACCUGGUCACAGCUACAUGCAACAAGGCACGGACAAAUGGUAUCGUCGAGGUUCAAACUGUUGCUAUCAACCAAGCUGUUUAGCUCCGCAAUGUCCUAUGUGAUAUUGUCAUAGACUGACUUGUUUAUUUUUAAAUUCAUAAGAUAACCGUUUUUAAUUGUAUUUGAUGAUAAUACCAAAUGUUCGUGAUUUUUUUCUAAUAUUAAAGUAUAAUAUUCUACAAUAUAUAUACGUAUAUGUAUGUAUGUGUAUACAUAUAUAUAUAUGUAUAUGUAUAUAUAUGUUAAGUAUAAAGCAGAGUAUAAAGUAUAUCUUUGUAUCAUGUAUAAAAAGGAGAUCGGUAAUGAGAGGAUCAAGAUAUAGGGAUAUGGAUAAGUAAUGGAGCAAUUAUAAUAAAUCAUCGGAUGAUGACAUUCAAGAGCAGUGAAGUCGUUGAAUUUAUUUUUUGUUUUAACGAACACAAAUGUCUCGAGCUUUUGCGCGUUGCGUGAGAACAAUUACAUUAUCGUAUGGUGGGGGCAAGUAAUUUGACUGACUGUAAGAUUUUUUAACACCUUUUUUGCGCGUGACAUCAGUGAAUGAAGAGUAUUUCAUUCUCUCUCUCUCUAUAUAUAUAUAUAAGCUAUACUAGAGCUAG